AUGUGUCAGGGGAAUCAAUUUAUCAGGAACGUGAUUGGAAUUAUAGGCAUAAUUACUAUAUUCUCACAUAUUAUUUCGGCUACUUUAUGGAUUACUUAUUUACUGGGAUGGCGCAUCAACCGUAAAUUGAAAUAUGCUACUCAAAAUCAAAAUUUAAACAAUAAUCCUCCCACUGGAAGACGACGAGAAGUACAACUAAAUGAAAAUGGAGUAAAUAUCAGACAACCGAAUGCAGAUGUUAUAUCUCGACAGAAAUUAAUAUGGCCCGUCUGUUCAUUGAGAAUGUCAACACAACUGAUUAUAUUUUCAAUGGAAAUCACCUAUAUUUUAGGUUGUUGUACAGAUUUAAUGAGAUUAAUUUAUCUUUCGAUAACUGGUGAUGAUUUACGCUUAUUGUUCAGUGAGUGGUCUUGUAGAAUACAAAUAUUUCUUUCAUUUACAACUUGUGAUCUAUCUGGAUGGCAUUUUGUCUUUUUAUGCAUUGAGCGCUGUUAUAUAACACUAUUUCCCAGAAAAUACUACAGUAUGAGUCAUUCGUCAUUUGGACCAGCUUUAUCUAUGAUUAUAUUUGCUUAUACAAUAAGCGUUGCUACAAAUAUUUUCUUAUUAAUACCUACUCAACAUGUUUGCUAUGAAUUCUAUAGCAAUCCUACAGUGAAUUCAGUAAAAUUUCUAUUCACCCUAAUCAUACUGUAA